AAGAGUGAAUAUAUUUAAGUUUGUACAAAUACCUUCAUUUAAUAUAUAUUAAACAGAUAUAAAUUAUAAAUUUUGCACUAAAAAGACCAGAAAAAGUGGUGUUGUGCAACGUGUCUACUUAGAAUGAAAAAAAGGGAAUGUCGAAUAAAAUUCCAAUAAGAAAACAAGUUUCGAGCAUACCUUUAUAAAAGUGAACCUACGCUUUUAUUUUCCAAUUGGUUUUUAACUUCGUCUUUCUAUUAAGUGAAGAAUAGGAUAGAACAGAAAUUCCAAUAAGCAAAAUGAGAAAGUGGCGCACGGAAAUAUUGUCAUAAAUUCACUACAUGUAAAUAAUAGUAUAAAUUAAAAUAUCCUAAAUAAAUUGCAACGAUAAGAAUACAAGAUUCUGGAACGAAAAAAGUAAGCAGCGCUCCAGACGGUAGUGUCACAACAGAGUUCAUAAUGGCGACAUCACCACGUUCCGUUGACACAAUAUCACUAUGUUCCACCGUUUCCAGUUGCCCGGAUCGCAACGGCUUUUACGGUGGCUUUCAGCGCACAGAAAAACCUAAAGAACCACUCUCAAAAGCACAAAUCAUUGCGAGAGAAAAGAAGUGGUUGUAUAUGAUUGAUAAUUGGUCAUUGUAUAUGUCCAAAAAUUACAAAAAGAUUCGUGAUCGUUGUCGCAAAGGUAUACCAAAAUCGGUUCGCCCACGUGCUUGGUUCUAUCUUUCUGGUGCUUAUUUAUUAAAAAAGAAAAAUCCUACAGUCUACAAAGAACUACUUGAACAGCCCGGUAAUCCACAUGUAAUCGAAGAGAUAAAAAAAGACAAACAUCGGCAAUUUCCAUUUCAUGAAAUGUUUUUGGAUGAGGAUAAAGUUGGACAAAUCGAAUUAUUUAAUGUACUAAAAGCGUAUUCAAUAUACAAUCCGAAAGUGGGCUUUUGUCAGGCACAAGCGCCCAUUGCUGCCUUCCUGCUCAUGCACCUACCAGCAGAAGAUGCAUUUUGGGUGUUUGUUAGUGUUUGUGAUGUUUACUUAGAGGACUAUUUCAUUACCGGUCUUGAGGUGCUGCAAAACGAUGCUGGCAUACUGGAGGGGCUCCUCAAAAAGACUUGUCCACCCGCAUACCGUCACCUGCAAAAGCACAAAGUCGAACCCUUACUAUAUAUGACCGAUUGGUUUCUAUGCGCUAUGACAAGAACAUUACCAUGGGAAACAUUGUUGCGAGUUUGGGAUUGCUUCCUCGCCGAAGGCAUACGUGUCAUCUUCAAAGUAGCACUAGUGAUAAUUGGUGCUUCACUAAAUCAACAUAAAGUUCGAAAACAAUGUAAUGGACUUUGUGAGACAUUAGAGGUGCUACGCUCACCACCUGAACAUGUGCUCGAAGAGGACUUUAUUAUCAAUAAUAUACAAAGGCUAAAUUUACGUGUUGAAGAUUUUCAAAUCGAACAUACGCGACAAAAAAAUCGACGAGCCAAACAGAAAGCUAUGCAAGAGGCAGCUGCAGCGACGACGGCAUCCACAUCACACGGCAGUGCUGUGAGUAGCAGUAGUAGUGGUGCGGGUGGUAGUAAUGGCUAUAGGCUGUAAUGUUAGCACAAAGUGCUUAAAACCGGCAAAAGUGGAAAAUUGUGUAAAUCAUAGAAUGAAGCAUAAAACCCACAGCCGAGUUAAGUGAGGAGUUCUGACUUUGCACUAAGCUAUGUGCAUGUAUGUAGUUGUUAAAGUUUUCCGUCCUUUACUUGGUUGUGGGAAUAUUUUGUCCCUUUUGGUAGCAAUUUUUUUAAGGGUGCUAAGCAUUCACACUCAAAGUUGUUUUUUAUUGAUAAUAUUCUAGUAGAUAAGCAGCGAACAGAAAUAUAAAUUGAAUAGUGAACAUAAUAUUAAGAUAAUGAAACGACUAACCGAAAGUUUUAAAUUGAACGCACAGUAUAGAGAAAAGAAUUGCGAGUUACAGGCAAGUCUAACAGUCGAAAGUACAUACACAUAAUUAAACAGACACAAUAUUAAACUAACAAUUCCAUAUGCAGCCAUCAUGAUGUGUUGAUUUUUUAUUAUUUUGAAAUAUCGAAUGUGGAAAUAAAAUUGCACAAAAUAUAUUUAGGGCACUCAUUUAAUGUGGCAUUUAUGUAAAAGCGGCAAAAUUUGCUUAAAUGCGAGCAACGAGCGAAACAACUAAUUGCGAUUUACGACAAAUUGCAAUGAAUACCACUGAAAAAAGUUGUUACUUUGUCGCAAAAUAAAUUGCAUGUAAAAAUGAACAGCUGUCUUGCGACAUUGCCAUUUUGCCAAGCUUCCAAUAAAUGCGAUAAGUUUGCGACAUUAAAAAAGUACCACUUCUGUUUCCAUUUUCAUAGAGAGCACAAGUGGGAGCUAAAUGACCCGUUACUUGAAAUUAUUUAAAUAUAAAUAUUACAUAUCAUACAAAGAAGAAGGACAGACAUCACAAUGCACAGGCGCCAGCGUUAUGCGCACGCGCAAUGAAUAUUUAACAUUGCUCAUACAUUCAAAUAUGUUUUCCAUUUAGCCGCGUUACGACUUUUUUUUAAUAGUUUUCAUUCUGUAUACUCGCAAUUUGUAUGAAAAAUAUACAUAAUUGCAUUGCAAUACUGUGCUUACUAAUGUUUAACUGCAUUUUUCUUAAUUCAGUUCAAAUAAAGUGUAUACUGGGUGAAAAUUCAGCUUUGGUCAUUCCAAAAA